AUGAAUAUUCACGCUCAUAGUAUUAAUAAUUACAUCCUUCUAAUAGUAUAUCCUCGCUGUUGUCUUUGGAAUGUUGUAGAGGAGGAGGAUAAUCUUCUUCAAGGACUGAACAGCUACAGAUCUGCUCAAAGGGUUCCACCUUUUGCAAAGAACGAUAAGGCUGAUUGUGUGGCCGAUGAGAUAGCUGAGAAGCUCGAAGAUGAGCCAUGCACAAACCAUACAGCAGCUAGCACGGUUACUCCUGGUUCUGUCCCUCCACGGUUAUCGGACUACCAAGACAUUCUCUCUGAGUGCAAGGUCGACCCAAACACUACCCGUGAUGGAUUGAUCUUACCAGUUUGUAUCCCUAACCGGGUACCUACUCUAGCUCUAACAAACUACACCCACACCGGUUAUGCUCAGUAUCUGAACGAUUCAAGGUAUGUUGGGGCCGGUGUUGGUUCAGAGAAAGAGUGGAUGGUUGUUGUGUUGACCACAAGCACUCAAGGUGGAAGUUUCUCCACUGGUGAAGCAACGUCACCGAGAGUUAUGGCUUGCUUUGGUUUAAUGGGUCUCUUGCUUAAUGUCCUUUUGGUCCUGUGA